UCCCCGCCGGGGCUCGCUCGCUGGCACCAGGCUCUCAGGAGAAAACGAAACUGCCCGGAUUUGAGGAACCCGAAACUCCCGUGCCGGUGACGCCCGCCUCUUCUUCCUGCACGGCGGGCGAGCCCCCUGCGAGGCUCGGGGGUGGGGCUGUGUCUGCGGGGCUGUGGCCACCCCUCAUUGUGCUUUGCCACCCCUCAUUGUGCUGUGCCACCCCUCAUCGUGCUGUGGCCACUCCGCAUCGUGCUGUGCCAUCCUGCGCCGGGACCCUCCGCACACGGCAGCACAGCCGCACAGCGGGUGCUCAGGCUGGGUAUCGCCGCUCCAGCUUCCUGCCCUUCUCCCGAACGUCUGCUCGAGUGUAAGAUCCUCUGACUUGCAGCAAUGGGGAGACCCAGGAAGGAGUCUGCUGGCACAUCAUCCCCCCGACCGGCCACAACCGCCUCCAAAACUGCCCCCGCUGCGCCCCCGCCUUCGACUUCAGCUGCCCGGGCCAAGGCCCCAGCUGCAGGGAGCCAGUCCCGGAGCACUUCGGCUGCCAAGGCCAGCACCCCCACGCAGGGGCGGGGGACAAAGGCAGACUCUGCUCAGCCAAGAUCCACAGCAUCCCGUGGAGCCAGAGGAGAUGCUGGGGAAAAGAGCAGAGCACCCACCAGGAGUUCUACAACGCAGAAGGUGCCUGAUGCCAAGGGAGCCGCUGGUCCUACCAGAACUGACCCGUGCCCGCAGAAGAAGCAGCCUGGGGCUGACCUGAGCAAGGCCUGUGACCAGUUCCUGCUGCCUGUAAAGAGCCAGGACAUCCCGAGGGUGGAGAAGGAGACCCGGGGCCAGCAGAACAACCCCAAGUGGUACGAGUGGCGGGAGAACCGCAUCACUGCCUCCAUGGCCCCCAAAAUUGCCAACAGCAAGUUUGCCAACAACAAGACAGACGAGGUGCCCAAGUCCUACCUAAAAGAGGUGGUGAGCUCUGGCUCCAAGGUGCAGACCCCAGCCAUGUCCUGGGGGAUCCGCAAUGAGAAGGUGGCUGUGGAGGCCUACAAGCAGAAAUCACAGAAGGGGGGAAAGCCAGUGCAAGUGGAGGACUGUGGCCUUUUCAUUCACCCGGAGAAGAAGUGGCUUGCUGCCAGCCCGGAUGGGAUCAUCAAGGAUGCAGCCACAGGGAAGGACCUGGGGCUGCUGGAGGUGAAGUGUCCCUACAAGCACAGGAACAAGACAGUGCGUGAGGCCUGCAAGGACAAGGACUUCUGCCUGGAGGUGGAUGGGGAUUCCUACGCCUUGAAGAAGAAUCAUCCCUACUUUACCCAGGUCCAGUGUCAGCUGGGAACCACUGGCUUCCAGAAGGCCGACUUUGUGGUGCACACCAACAAGGAGACGGCUGUGGUCCCUGUGGAGUUUGAUAGGGAGUUCUGGGGGAAGACAGUGCCCAAGCUGGAGAAGUUUUACACGGAGGCAGUGAUUCCCCAACUGGAGCAGAAGGCAAGCAGCUCUGUCUUGGCCAAGGAGGAGUAGACCAUUGCUGGCCUACCUCAACUGGGUACUUGUUUGGCUGCGUAACUCCAGUUUUGUCCCCUAGCAUAGAAGUUACCCCCAGGUUAGUUGCUGUUCCUGAACCGUUCAGAGCCUUAGAACUGAAAAGUUGUACCAGCAGGACCCUGCUUGGUAAGGGUCCCCACAAACAGUGCCUUCUUGCUGCCCCAACCAGGUCAGCACGCAGCCCCCAGAGCCUUCUUGUCCUGUCGCCCUCACUGCAUCCCCCACCUGUCCCAACAGCAUGCCUAAUGGAAGCAGGCACACCUCUGGAUCUGCAAAUGAAGCCAAUGAUAGCUCUGUGUUGGAAUUAGAGGCUUAUUUUGUGGAGAAAACUGGAGCCUUUGGCACCUCAAUUGCUGUCGGGACUAAUUUCUAACUGCACUCCAGAGUGGAGACAAGAGACAAGGAAGGUUUGUCGGAGCACAAGAGCAAAACUCUUCUUUUGAGUCAGUGAUGUGCCUAAAGCAUCAGACCAAGGGCACAUGGACACCCUUCCUCCCUGAGCCAUUGGACCUGCUGCUUCUGCGGAAUAACCCUUGACACUCCCUGUGAGAUGCCUGCAGGCUCUGGAACGCGAUUCCCACUAAAGAGGUUGUCCCCCAGGCCAUGCACUUCCAGAAGCCCACCCAUGGAGCAUCCCUGUAAACUGCAGCAGUGUGGGGAGGCGGUCAUUGCUAAAUUAAAUAUAGAUGCACUGGUC